AUGGCAGAGGAGCCGUAUGUGUGUGCAAAGACUGCCCGUGGGAGCUACUUGGUGAGGGCAGCAGUCGUUUCUUUUCUUGCAUGCCUUUUCCUCGUUGGCAGCAUCGUGUGGUCAUGGAGUGGUCUGCCUUCGACAGCACGUGGGCAAGGGCUUCUCCGUGAGGCUCAGUGGGGGCAUUCGGAGCAGGCUUUCUCCGCGUUCUUUGGGGAGGCGAGAGAUUUGAGGGGAAAAGGCUUUUUGCAGCCGAGCAUGCAAGGCGGCGGGGGGGUGCCAACACUUGUGUGGAGUGGAAGUGCCGCCUUGAGGCACCUCUCGGCCGUAGACGAGAUUUCGCGCUCGCUCGAAGACAACAAGCCCCAUCACAAGUCGCUCGCGGAUAUGCGGCAGUGGCGAGAUAUCUUGGGAACUCUUAUUAUCGCGAUCGCCUGCAUAACGGCUGUCUCAGCAGGGACUGGAGGGGGCUCCAUUUUUGUGCCCAUUAUGAGUUUGGUGAUGGACUUCUCUCCUCAAGCGGCAGCGGUCAUGUCGCAGUCACUCAUGUGCGGAGGCGUCCUUGCCGGAACGCUUCUCAACCUCUGCAGGCGACACCCCUUCGCGAAUAGGCCCCUCAUAGAUCUGGACUUGGUGAUCUUCCUAGCCCCCGCUCAGAUGGCUGGCGUAUCCUUCGGACUCGUCGUGAACCGCUGUCUUCCCGCGUGGCUGCUGGUGCUAUGCCUAGUAGGCGUUCUUAGUGUGGCAGUGAUACAAACGAUCAAGCAGUACUGCCGUGUGAGGAGACAAGCUCAAUCAGUCAACCCUGCGGCUCUCGCGACUUCUAAACUCCACCCCGCGGAAGAGACCGUUGAUGACCAGCAGUCGGAGGAGGCCUUUGCCACCGAUGCAGAAAAAUUCUCGAGCACUUCUUCUCUUCGCGCUGUCUCCGUCUUUCCCAAUGUCGCCCCUGCCGAUGCACGACCAAGCACCAAGGAAGCUGCCAAGGUGCACAAGGAUCUGGCUCUGGCAGAAGAGGCAGACACCGAUGCGAGUGGAAUGAGUGCAGGUCCUAACCCAAGAGCAGAAACAGCCCAGGAGGCAUCUGCUCCCAAGAAAGCGGGGAGCAUUCCCAACGAUAAGAAACUAGUCGCUGCUGGAUCUGGAGAAAGACGCAGCCGUAGGCGGCUAGCUACUCUUCGCUCGGCCAGAAGGAGACUGAGCGAAAUGCAGCGCCGUCACGAUAUUCUGGUCCCAUACUGCGGCUGGAGCUACUGGGGAGUCUAUUCUCUCUCGAUAAUAUGGCUUAUGGGAUGCUCCUACUUCCAGGGAGUCUCGCUUUACAGGCUUCAGCGCGGGAAAGAUGAGGCUGCCAUCCGCCAGGUGCCAGGAGAUCUUCAUUUCGAUCUCGCUACCGUUCACGGGUUCUAUGUGCAAACGUUCUUCGCUGGACUCGUUGCAGGCACUGUGGGGAUCGGGAGCUCUCUAGUGUUGGGCCCGCUAAUGCUGAUGAAGGGGAUGCUACCGUCGGUUUGCACUGCUGUCAAUACAGCGUUGGUGCUCUGCAGCAGCAGCGCGGCAGCCGUUAACUCCCUCAUAGGCUCUGCGGUCCCUUGGGAUUACUGCGCUGUCCUCUUUGGCGUGUGCUUCUUUUGCGCGCUCUUUGGAAAGCUUUUCGUGGACAGGAUGGUCAAGAAACACAAUGCGGAUCAUUUGGUGGUCUUGUUUUUGAUUUUUAUAAUGUUCGGAUCAAUGGGCUGUAUGGCUGGUAAGAAGGAUACAGCUCCUGUGUCUGGUGUAUGUUCGCCCUUGCGCGAGCUUCAUGCUCGUACCCCACGACGUGCUCGCGGCUGUUUGAUCGCGUUCGCUGCUGAUCUUUUUAAAUCCAAUGUGGGCGGAGGGAUACACGGAGUAUGGACAUGUAAAAGCCCCUGUGGCCUCGCUCCUCCUUUUAAAAAUGUUGUUCAGUCAAACAGGAGGCGCGUGGUCGCAAAGAAGCGGACCGAACAGGCGCUUAACGCAGACGAGAAACGUCCACGCAGUGAGAGGGCGAGUCGGAGGCAAAGGAGGGAGAGGCGGCACGGUACGCCAAGGAUGGUUUUAGCGGUCAUAGGAAGAAGAAUAGAGGCAGAUGUAGAGAAGCACUGGUUCUGUGGUAGCUCCGGGCAAAGAAAAACACAGGUGUACAUGCAUAAGGCCGCUUAG